AUGCAACGUCUUUUUAUACUGUUUUGUCUCCUUGGUCAAUCGUUAUCAUCACUACCUUAUGCCGAAUGGGCCCAUUAUCAUAUGGUCUGGCUACAUAACUCCCAUACUAAUCAAGUUGAUAUACAAGCGAUGGUUAAUAGUUAUCUUGAAAAUCGCAUUCCAGUUGGCAUUGUCAAUAUUGACUUUCGUUGGGAAACGAACGUCAAUACAUUUAUGUUCAAUCCGACAGGAUUUCCAUCUGCAAAGGAAAUGCUCGAUGAAUUCCGUCAAAAAGGUAUGCACAUCGUUCUCUGGAUGAAUUCAGUGGUCGAUAUUGAUUCGUCAAACUAUGAAUAUGCUCAAAAUCAUGGAUAUCUGUUCAAUAAAACGGUCAAUUGGGGACAUGGGAACGGACGAUUAUUGGACUAUUUCAAUAGAGAUGCUGUCAAUUGGUGGCACAGUCAGAUCAAACAACUGAUCGAUACUGUUGGCCCAAUUCACGCAUUUAAAGCUGAUUACAGUGAUCUAUAUAUAAUUGAAGUACUUGAUCCAGACGUCACCUGGUUAAAAUACCGAACAGCCUAUUACAAUGAUUCAUUUCAAAUACUGCGUCAAUUAGUUGGCGAAGAGGCUCUAAUUAUGUCACGGCCUGUUGAUUAUGAUCUCGAUUUUUCACCGCACGACAUUGUGUUCAUAGGUUGGGUAGGUGAUCAACAAGGAACAUACGAUGGACUUCGAAACGCUCUUCGUUACAUGCUCGAAAGUGGACGUCGUCAUUAUGUUGGCUUCGGAUCGGAUAUCGGUGGUUAUGACACUGAUCCAAACGCGGGUCCACUUGGUAGAACCAAAGAAUUGUUUCUUCGAUGGACCGCAGUAGGAGCUCUAAGUUCAUUUAUGGAGAAUGGUGGUGACGGGGAACAUUUCCCAUGGAAGUUCGACAACGAAACAACGGAUAUCUAUCGAUCUUGGGUCAACUUACACUAUACGCUUGUGCCAUAUCUAUACAGUGAAGGCACAAAAGUUGCUAUUUACAGAAAUGGUACUCUAAUGCAGCCAUGUGACGACAUUGAAGCCUUAUUUAGUUAUGCUUAUUUUCUUGGUCCACAUAUUUACAUUGUGCCGAUUCUUCGUGAUCCAGUUCCGAAUCAAAGUCAACGUGUUUGGCUUCCAGCAUCGCCUAGUGGUAAAUGGUUGAAUGGAUUCAAUACGUCGAUUGAACAUAACCCACAUAUAUUUAUCGAUGAAGAUACAAGUCGUCUCGAUCGAAUUCCCAUGUAUAUACAAUCCGAUUCACUUAUUCCGAUGUAUGAUAUUGAAUAUAGUUCAUCACUAGAUGCGUUUAAAUUCGUUCUUUGGGGAGAGGGAAAAUCUAUUCACAGAAAAGUCUCAGUGUCCCUAUUUACACGUAACGGUCAAGAAUGGCUAAUUGAAUUGGACAUUAUUCGACAACGAUUGACUACUCGAUGUGUUCGAAUGCAUACUUCAAUAGAUGAAAGUCAACAGCAGCAAAUAUGGAAAUGGAAAUUUUGUCAGAACCUACAUGGGCAGGAACGAUGUACGAAUAAUUGGAAAACUCUUGAUCAUGGUGCAUCGAUGCAAGUGAAACUUCUAAUGUAG